GUGUUAAAGUGAGGUUAUAUUUACUUUUAGAUUAUUAAUAAUAAUUGUUUUAUAGUAAGCAAUUAGAUCAAAUAGAAAACAUGUCCAGACCAGAAUAUUUAGCACCUCCAGAAAUAUUUUACAAUGCGGAAGAAGCGCGGAAAUAUACUCAAAAUUCACGAAUAAUUGACAUUCAAGUGCAGAUGUGCGAAAGGGCCAUCGAAUUGUUGUUAUUACCGGAAGAUUCUCCUUGUUACUUAUUAGACAUCGGUUGCGGAUCUGGCCUCAGUGGAAGUGUCUUGGAGGACCAAGGGCACUAUUGGGUUGGUUUAGACAUAUCCACAGCCAUGUUAGACGUAGCACAGGAAAGAGAAGUCGAAGGAGAUCUUAUGUUAGCUGAUAUGGGCCAAGGUUGUCCAUUCAAAGCAGGGAGUUUCGAUGGCGCUGUGAGCAUAUCAGCUCUUCAAUGGCUGUGCAAUGCUGAUAAAUCUAGUCAUAAACCUGUGCAAAGGUUGUAUAAAUUUUUCUCCUCGCUGUACGCCUGCCUAAGUAGAUCUGCAAGAGCAGUCUUUCAGUUUUAUCCCGAUAACAGUGAACAAAUGGAAUUAGUGACGUCGCAGGCCAUGAAAGCUGGCUUUUACGGGGGCGUAGUGGUAGAUUUCCCUCACAGUACUAAAGCUAAAAAGUUCUUUUUAGUUUUAAUGACGGGAGGUAAUGUUCCGUUGCCAAAAGCCCUGGGAACUGGCGAAGAUUCUCAAGGUGUUUCUUACACAGCCAAACGAGAAAAGCUUAAAAAUCAACGUGGAAAACCGUUAAAGAGCGUUAGAACUUGGAUUUUAGAAAAAAAGGAACGUAGAAAACGACAAGGGAAAGAAGUACGCCAUAAUUCUAAAUAUACUGGCAGGAAAAGAAGUGGAAAAUUUUAAUUUCAUU